AUGGGAGGGGAGAGCCCAGAGGACUGCCGCUUUCUGGACGCGGAAGCAUCCAAGACGGGAAAGAAGACCUGCACCAGAUACCGGGUCUGCGGGUUGCUCUUCGGCGUGCUGCUCGUUUCUCUUAUUCUGAUGUUUUUCGGUGUCAAAUAUCUCUGGAACCCAACAGCCAGAAAAGUCUACGACAUGGAGCACACGUUCUUCAGCCACGGCGAGAAGAAGAAGAUUGUGAUGGAGAUCGACCCGCUGGCCAGGACGGAGACCUUCAGGAGCGGGAACGGCAGUGAGGAAAUCCUGGAGAUCCAUGACUUCAAAAACGGAAUAACUGGCAUCUUCUUCGUGGGACUUCAAAAAUGUUUCAUCAAAACUCAGACUAAAGUCCUACCUGAGACGACAGAGGCCAAGAUCCCUGAGCUUGAGGGAGAAGAAAUCACGACCACCUACUUUGAGCAGUCUGUGGUCUGGGUGCCUGGGGAAAAGCCCAUUCAGAACAAGGAGUUCCUGAAGAGCUCCAAAAUUUUUGACAUCUGCAGAAAUGUGACCAUCUACUGGAUCCACCCCACACCGAUAGCAGCUCCUGAGCUGGUCAGCCUUGAAGGGGCAGAAGAAGAAGACCCUGAGCUACUCGUAGACGACCAGAGCUGGUUGGACAGGGGGAGUGAACAUGAGGUAGAGAAGAAUGCGCAGCCAGGGCCCAAGCGUCGGGCACGGCAGCUCACCGAAGAGGAUCUGCCCGUCAACGACUACUCGGAGAACGGGCUGGAGUUCCACCCCUCGUGGGAUGAGCAAGGCUACUGCUGCGCCCAAUGGGAUGUUCAGACAUGGCGGGGACGUGUGACACCCACCCGGCCACAGCUGCUGCAGGAACCCGGAGCCCUGGGUCCAGCCAGCGGUGCUUGUGUCCUGGCUCAGUGGCUCCGGCCGGGUCACCAAGGCACAUUGAACACCUUUGCCAGGACAGUGGUGUCCCAGGUCCGCCUGGCAUCUCCCCCAGCACUUGCCCGUACCUCCAGGACAUCACUGGUGUCUCUCCAGAUAAAGCGAGGUGUCUACUGA